UUUGCAGUAGUAAUGCAUCAAGUAAUGUUAGUUGUACAGUGUUGUAUUGUACAGUGUAGCAGGAGCCAUUACAUUAACUGACGCAUGCGCAUAUGUACAGAGGAAAAGGAUUUCCAAUCGAUGCCCGAGUGAAUCAACGCAGCCUCCCAUCAGAGCAGUUCUUGCCAUGGCAGACAAAUUAAACGCACAGAAAAGUGUUAAAAUAGCAGCGGGGGCUGUAGUCUGUGUUGAAAGCGAGAUCAGAGGAGAUGUUACUAUUGGCACUAGAACAGUGGUCCAUCCAAAAGCUCGGAUUAUAGCAGAGGCAGGACCUAUUGUGAUUGGAGAAGGCAACCUGAUCGAAGAACAAGCUCUGAUCAUCAACAGUUAUCCAGAAAAUAUCACCCCGGACUCUGAAGUGGAGCCAAAGACCAUGACCAUUGGUACAAACAACGUGUUUGAAGUCGGCUGUGUAUCACAAGCCUUGAAAAUUGGUGACAACAAUGUCAUUGAAUCUAAAGCUGACGUUGGCAGGAAUGUGAUUCUCACCAGUGGAUGCAUCAUUGGAGCCUUCUGUCAGGUCAACACCUGUGAGGUCAUACCUGAGAACACAGUGAUAUAUGGCUCUGGAUGUAUGAGGAGAGUUCAAACGGAGAGACCACAGCCGCAGACCCUCCAACUUGACUUCCUGAUGAAGAUUUUGCCAAAUUAUCACCAUUUGAAGAAAACAAUUAAAGCAAGCCACACUACCAGUUAAAAUGCAACAGUAAACUGUUGAAAUUAAAUUGCUUUGUUUGAAGGUAACAAAUGUACAGUUAUUAAACACCAAGAAUAGUGCCCUUUUGGUAUUUUCUACUCUGUAACAGAUCAAUCAUUUUCCUUUGCCUGUUUAUUCUUUUCUAAGAUUGAAAAAAAAAAAAGUUUUCCCCUCAAGUUUUGUGAGAUGGACUUUAAGUAUUGACUAAUUAUUGUAAGAGCUUUCAAACCGUAUUGUGAAACAAUGAAGUUUAUUAAAAUAAAUCAAAAAAUCUUGUAUUUUGAACCACUGUACCACGGUUCUACAAAGUAAAA